ACAGAUGAAACACGCACCUCCGUUUUUUCCCUUCACUUUGAAAGUCGUUUAUUAAAAGCAAAUUCUCUCUCCUACAGUCUUUACCCACAGACUAGCAGCUGAUUGACAGCUGUUAGCUUGCUAGCGUGUAGCGGUAGCUUUUUGGGGCUUCAGUGCAAGAGUUUUGUUUUUUUUCCCCUAACCUGUUUGGGGGUAGUUGAGCUGACAGUUUAGCUGCAUGAUUCAGAUUUUGCUGUAUCAUUGGAGGAAACGUGAAGUACUAUCCUCGUGAGGUUAUCAUCACAGAAGCAUGUCAGUUUUGCUCUGUAUCUGCCUGUGAGCCAGCAGCAGAUAUACAACAUUACAAAUGGGGCGCAGAAAGUCAAAGAGAAAGCCACCUCCCAAGAAAAAAAUGACGGGUAACCUGGAUGUUCAGUUCACCUGCCCAUUCUGUAACCAUGAGAAAUCCUGCGAUGUCAAAAUGGAACGAACCCGCAACACAGGAAUUAUAUCAUGCAGUGUUUGCUUGGAGGAGUUCCAGACUCCUAUAACUUAUCUGUCCGAGCCAGUGGAUGUUUACAGUGAUUGGAUCGAUGCCUGUGAAGCAGCUAAUCAAUAGUCAUGUUUUCCUGUGACUCGCCCACACUCUGACCUCACUCACUUACAUUCCCCCCUUUGAUUUGUCCGCUUAAUUGUGUCCUGUUCAGCUAGCACAAUGUAGCAAAACCUCAAAUAAUAGAAGCAUCAUGCUUUACAUGAUGCGCUUAGUUUAAUUUUGCUACAGUGUGGCAUGCUGAGCAUGACACGUUCCUCUGGCUGGGCCAGAUGGCCAUUUUGUUUUGUCCACAUCAUGUUUCUCAUUGUAUAAGUUUUCUUAUUUGAGUGAUUAUCUUAUAAGUACUGUUUUUUUGUUUUAGAUUAGAUCAUGUUUUCUCGUUUUUGGGACAACGUUGUCAUAUAAUUAUCUGUAGUCUUUGUGAUUUAUGGUUUAAGAACAUAUGAUAAUUCUCUUUAGGUUGUAUUUAGUAGAUGACAUACUUUUGUGGAAGUAAUUUUUUAGUUUUCAACCUGUCUCUAUUGCACUGAAACGUUUUGUUAGUUGACAAUUUUGUUAAACUGCCAAAUCUUUUCAAAUCUUGUUUUUUGGACCAGUAUAUUUGUACUGCUAGAUUUUAUUAUUUUCAUUUUUUAAAAAUCACAAUACUGUAAUUUCUAUUACACUACUUCUGUGUAUUUUCAGGUAAAGACAGUUAUGAGAAUUAAAUCGGCACCAUA